UGUCAUAUGACCCAAGGAAAGAUGGCCGAAGACGGGCAGAGCGGCGAGGAACUUGCGGCUGGAUCGAGAGAAGAUUUUGAAGUCGUUGAUUGCGCCCAGAUCCCCAGCGCCUCUGAGCUGAAAAGCGAUGGCAAAGAGAGGGGGAGUCCAGAUGCCAGCUGGUCCGCUCCCAUCUUGUCCCUGGCCAAGAAAGCCUCGGAAAACUUAGCAGUGAGCUACGGAAACGCUCUGAAGUCUGCAGCUUCGGUAGGACUCAUUCCCAAACCACUCAGCAAUGACAGCUCAGCAAAACAAACCAGAUCUCACACAAUGGAAGAGCGUUCCAAUCUUGUGAAUAUGAUGAAAUUGAGUAUUAAAAUCUUAAUCCAGUCAGCUUUGAGUUUGGGAAGGACUCUUGAUUCUGACUUCCCUCCGCUGCAGCAGUUCUUUAUUGUUUUGGAACAUUGUCUCAAGCAUGGACUUAAAGCUAAGAAGAGUUUUAUUGGCCAGAACAAAUCAUUUUUUGGGCCUUUAGAAUUAGUGGAGAAACUUUGUCCAGAGGCAUCAGAUUUAGCAACAAGUGUCAGAAAUCUGCCAGAAUUAAAGACUCCAAUAGGAAGAGGCAGAGCUUGGCUUUAUCUUGCCGUGAUGCAAAAGAAACUGGCAGACUACUUGAAAGUACUCUUGGAUCACAAGUGUCUCUUGAGUGAAUAUUACGAGCCUGAUGCCUUGAUGAUGGAAGAGGAAGGAGCUGUGAUUGUGGGCCUUUUAGUGGGACUAAAUGUCAUUGAUGCAAAUCUCUGUUUAAAAGGAGAAGACUUGGAUUCCCAGGUAGCUGUGAUUGAUUUUUCUCUGUACCUUAAGGAUACACAGUGCAUUGAUAACGACAAAGGAGAUGAAGGAAUUACUGCUGUUCUUGACCAGAAACAUUAUGUAGAAGAACUUAAUCGACAUUUAAGUUGCACUGUUGGAGAUCUUCAGAGCAAGAUAGAGUGUUUAGAGAAAACAAAUUCCAAGCUCCAGGAAGAGCUAUCGGCAGCAACAGAUCGAAUCAAAGCUCUUCAGGAAGAACAACAGGACUUGAAACAGGAAAAUGAAUUAAUUCGUGAACGCAGUGAAAAGUAUGCUGAGGUAACUAAACUGGACACCAAAGUGGAACUGGAAACCUAUAAACAAUCACGACAAGGUCUAGAUGAAAUGUACAGUGAUGUCUGGAAGCAAUUAAAAGAGGAGAAAAGAAUUCGAAAGGAGUUGGAAAAAGAAUUGGAGCUUCAGACUGCAAUGAAAACAGAGAUGGAAAUUGCCAUGAAACUUCUAGAGAAAGAUACACAUGAAAAACAAGAUACCUUGGUUGCACUUCGCCAGCAGUUGGAGGAAGUUAAGGCUAUCAAUUUGCAGAUGUUCAAUAAAUCUCAGACUGCAGAGAGUUCUUUACAACAGAAAAAAGAAGCAAUAUCAUCCUUUGAAGGCAAAACAGAUCAAAUUAUGUCUUCUGUGAAACAAUUGGAGGACAGACUGCAGAAUGCAGACAAAGCCAAGAAGCUUGCAGAAGAGAAAAAUGUCAAAUUGAAACAAGAAUUGGGGGGCAAAAUUGAAACUCUGAAGCAGCAAUUACUCCAACUGGAUAGCAACUGUUCAGUUAUUGAGAGAGAGUUAAAAACUGAGAAAGAACAGCGACAGAGUCUGCAGAGAGAGUUACACCAUGAGAAAGACACUACAGCUUUGCUGAAAGCUGAACUGCAGCAAGUAGAAGGUUUGAAAAAAGAAUUGCGAAAACUGCAGGAAGAGAAGCAGCAGCUAGAAAAGAUCUGUGAAGAACAAGAACAAGCCCUUCAAGAAAUGGGGCUUCAUCUAAGCCAAUCAAAACUUAAGAUGGAAGAUAUUAAAGAAGUAAAUAAAGCAUUAAAGGGCCAUGCAUGGCUAAAAGAUGACGAAGCAACCAGCUGUAAGCAGUGUGAGAAAGAGUUCUCCAUUUCAAGAAGAAAGCACCAUUGUCGAAACUGCGGCCAUAUCUUUUGUAACACCUGUUCAAGCAAUGAACUUGCACUUCCAUCAUAUCCAAAGCCUGUACGAGUUUGUGAUACCUGCCAUACGUUACUGCUUCAGAGGUGUUCAUCAAAUUCUUCUUAAAAUCUAUAUUCCAGAAUGUUAAGACCAGGGAAUGAACCGAACAUGAAAUAUUUUUUAAUAUUCUAAACUCCAUUAACAUAUAUGGCACCGUGUAUUAUAUUCAAACAAGAAAAGAUUUUAUUUAUAAAAAUGGGAUACCAAAAUCAUGGAAACUAUUUUUUAUAGAUUAAGUGCCAGCAAAAUGUCAUAUUCAAAAAUACACUAUUUCAGAUGCACACACUUGUUAUUUUUAAGCUAAAAAAUCUAUUGUUUGAAUGUUAACUUUAUACUUCACAUUUAGAGAUUUGCUCUAAAACAAAUUAAUUUUCUGAACACUUCAUGGAUCUAUCUUCUGUAACAGUUCACUAAAAUUUCUGCUGAUCUGUAUAUAAUAAAUGAAAAUGUUAUCUUAAAAGUUAAAUCUAUGGAAGCAUUUUUAAAGAAUGUAUGCUUGGAUGUGCCUUUAAAUUUUUCAAAAGUGAACAGAAUAACAUACUGUAAGUUAUGUGAUUACGCAAUAAAGUUGAUCCAUACUUGGUA